AAGAAUUUGCAGUGCACAGUCAGAUUCUGAUUCUGAGCGCGGCGGGUGGCGCACAAAUACUUAGGCGGAAUUGCGAAAAAGAAUUUAAUGAAUUCAGUUACUCGUUUCUUUUAAACCAAGUGUCGGUUUGUUUGCUUAUAUUUCAAAUUAACACGAGUUUGUGACAUUUGUAUAAGAGAAGUGAGAAUUUUCCAUAAUAUUUAUGAUUAUCAAAUACUUGCAUGGAAAUAGAUAGAAACAAUUAGCGCUGAAUUAACGUUGUUAAUAAUAAAUAAGAGUGUAAAGAAAAUUAAAAGCAAUAAUAUAAAAUUUUUAAGUGGUUUGUUAUUAUUUAUGUUCUGACGUUAAAAAGUUAUAAAAAUUCUACAAACAAGUUAGUAUUAAUAUAAAAACUAAACAAAUAAUUGCAAUAAAAGUAGAGAAAAGUUAAUUUAAAUAUUUGUGGAUUUGUGUGACGACGACAAUACAGACUGUGUAUAUAAUUUUAUAUUUUAUUGAUAGCAAAUAUCGUUGUUUAAAUUCAUUAAAAAAUAGUAAAUGAAAUAGGACUUUGGAAAUUUAAUAGCGAUCCCACUGUGUUUAUUAAACAGAAAGUGAAAUUCUGUAAUAAAAAUAAAAUAUAUUAUCAUAAGCUCAAUUACAACAACAUACAAAAUGCACGGCACACCAAUUAAAUACUAUCUAUUGCUCUUUGCACUGCUGUGUCACAACUGUCUCCCUGUGCUAACACAACGCACUUCCUUGGAUGUCACAUUCCGAAACUUGUAUCGACCAUUACGUUUGAUUGGCUUAAAUAUUGCCGGGCGUUCAGGUGACAAUCCGGAUAAUCGACAACUUGUGCGCGAUAUGGGCAAAACGCAAAACCUCAAUACACGCGCGCGUUCGUUGGUGAAUUUCUGCGAUGCGCUGAAUGGACCUGGAAAACGCAGUGAAACACGCCCGACAUCGGUGCAUCGUUUACGACCCGGUGAUAUAGAUAUCGUUGGUGCUAUGGGUGAUUCACUGACAGCUGGUAACGGUAUUUUCGCGACGAAUCUAUUACACAUUUCGGUAGAGAAUCGCGGUAUGGUCUGGAGUAUUGGUGGGCAAGGCACUUGGCGACAGUAUUUAACGAUGCCAAAUAUUUUGAAGGAAUUCAAUCCAAACUUGUAUGGCUACUCGCUGAAAGAUGGGCUCUCCACCGAUCGCAGUUCGAAAUUCAACGUCGCUGAGUUGGGCGCCAUGUCACGUGACAUACCUUACGAAGCGCAAGUGCUAGUCAAACGCUUGUCACGUGAUCCGAAAGUGAAUAUGACCACAGAUUGGAAGCUUAUCACCUUACUCAUUGGUAAUAACGACUUUUGUUCAGACGUAUGUUUUCUGCCACGCCCAGAGGAUGCGAUCAAGCAGCAUGAAGAAAAUAUGGUGAAGACUUUUCGUUAUUUACGUGAUAAUGUGCCACGUCUAAUGAUAAAUGUAGUGCCAUCGCCAAAAUUGGAUUUCCUAGUGCCUUUGAGUACGAAAACGCCAGUUUGUCAUACGACCUUGUCUUUCGAGUGCCCUUGUUUAGUGGGUAAGCCCAAACCGCAAUUGGUAAGAAUGAUAAAACUGAUGAAAGAUUGGGUUGCGAAGGACAAAGAGAUUGUGAAUAGAGACGAGUUUAAUACAGAGACAUUCACAAUUAAUCUGCAGCCAUUUACACUGUUCGAAGAUUUCUUUCCCAGUAACGAUGACGCAAUGAAAUUCAAAUUUCUGUCUGAGGACUGUUUCCACUUGAGUCAGCGUGGACAUGCGAUUAGCGCCAAUUAUCUCUGGAAUAAUAUGCUUGAAGACGAAGACAAUAAAAGUAUUAUGGAUCAACCUACCUUACUGAAGACAUUCCGUUGUCCCACAGAGGCGCGGCCUUACCUUGUGACACGUAUCAAUAGCGCUAAAGAUUUUCUAGUUUGACUUUGAACGGCAACCCUCGUCCCCCAUUAGCGGUAUUCUCUAAUUAUAAAUAUUUAUAUGCAGUUUAUAGUUAGUCAUGUAAUUAAACCCUGUGAUAAUAUAAUUAGAAUGUAAUUAGAUUACUUUUUAUAAAAAUGCGUCAGCAAAUUGUAGGGUAAUUAUUUAUGUAAAAUAUUUGUACACGUGAUACUUGUGAGGUAAAACAAUGAACUGUAUUAUUUGCAAUUAAGUUAAUAAUAAUAUAAAUAGACGCAGAUGUGACAAGUCUAUUCAUUAAAUUAAUGAUAUGAAA